AUGCGACCUCCGGCCCCUUCUUUCCAGCCGCUUCGUCCUCCUCGAUGUCCACCACGUCCAAACCCGCCAUUUCUAGCUGAAGAGUCACCUCGCCAACUCGGACGGCUGUCCCUCGCGCCAGGGAUAGGCUCUCUCUUAGUGGUGGGUACCGGCGCGACUGAUCCAUCAGCCAAAGGAGGGAGCACUGCACAUGAUAUGAAAUCACCGACUACGAAUCGAGCAUCUGCUAAAGUCUUCUGAUCAUCCAGACUAGUAUCAAAGAGUCCGGCAUCAUGAUCUGCGCCUGGCCCAUGCCCUCCAAGGACAAUACUGCCCAGAUCUUUUACCGCAUACCGCGGGGGCGCGUGGGAAAUCCCGUUACUGUUACGAAGAUCAGGGCAGACGAGUUGAAAAGCUAA